AUGAGAAGUUAACACGAAAACAAACAUACACCAUGAUUUAUUCAAUAGUGUUUACUUUGUUUUAUGCAUUAAGCAUUGCAAACGCAUUCUAUUUGCCCGGUGUAGCACCUACCGACUACAAAAAGGGAGACAACAUUCCAUUAUUGGUGAACCAUUUGACACCUUCUUUACACCACUUAUCAAACCAAAAUAAAGUUCAAUCAGCCACCUAUGUUUACUCCUAUGACUACUACUAUCCAAAAUUCCAUUUCUGUACUCCCGCAGGGGGCCCCAAGAAGCAACUGGAAUCCUUAGGCUCAAUUAUAUUUGGUGAUCGUAUUUUUAAUUCUCCAUUUGAAAUUAAAAUGUUGGAAAACAAGGAAUGUGAGAGGUUAUGUACUUCCAAAUACAGCAAGAGCGACUCUGUUUUCGUCAACAGAAACAUCAGAGCUAGCUACAACCACAAUUGGAUUAUUGACGGGUUACCAGUUGCCAGUGUGGUUAAGGAUGAAAGAACCGAUACUACUUUCUACGGGCCAGGAUUCCACAUUGGUGAGGUUGACAGCAAGAACAAUGCCCAUUUAUCAAACCAUUUUGUUAUCACUAUUGAAUAUCACAAGAGAGGUGAAGAUAAGUUUAGAGUCGUUGGUGCAACUGCCGAACGUCAUUCUUUAGAUAGAACCGGGGUUGCAAGUGAUGCUAGUAACGACAAAGUCUGUUCUUUGGACUUGAACCCAGUUCAAUUAAGUAAAGAAAAGGAAAGCGAUGUCUUGUUUACUUAUUCUAUUCAAUUCAAGGAGAGUGAUGUUGCAUGGGCUACCCGUUGGGAUAAAUAUUUACAUGUUUACGAUCCAAAGAUUCAAUGGUUUUCCUUGAUCAACUUUUCUUUGAUCGUUUCCAUUCUUGGUAUAAUAAUUGGUCAUAUUAUUGUCCGUACUUUAAAGAAUGAUAUUGUUAAAUAUAACGAGGUUAACUUGGACGAUGAUAUUUCUGAUGAAAGUGGUUGGAAAUUAGUUCAUGGUGAUGUAUUUAGACCACCAAAGCAAAGAUUAUUAUUAUCUGUAUUAGUUGGUAGUGGAUUGCAAAUUUUCUUGAUGUCCUUCAUUACUAUUGGAUUUGCAUUAUUUGGAUUGUUAUCACCAUCAAACAGAGGUUCAUUGUCUACUUUCACCUUUAUUCUUUACAUUGGCUGUUCAUUUGUUUCAUCCUUCACUUCAGCUUACCUUUACAAGUUCUUUGGUGGUGAAAAUUGGAAAUUGAACAUGAUUUUAUCACCAGUAUUAGUUCCAGGAAUCUUAUUUGGUGUAAUUGUGUUGUUGAAUUUCUUCUUGAUCAGUGUUAAUUCUUCAGGGGCCAUUCCAAUGGGUACUAUGGUUGUCAUUGUUAUUAUUUGGUUCUUGGUUUCCAUUCCAUUAUCCGUUUUGGGUACUAUCCUUGCUUCCAAGAAACCAUUAAUUUCAGUCCCAGUUAGAACCAACCAAAUUCCAAGACAAGUCCCAGUUCAACCAUGGUAUUUAAGAACCAUUCCAGUCAUGUUUAUUUCCGGUAUUUUCCCAUUUGGAUCCAUAGCUGUGGAGAUGUAUUUCAUUUACUCAUCACUUUGGUUUAAUAAAAUUUUCUACAUGUUUGGCUUUUUAUUCUUUUGCUUUUUAUUAAUGGUUAUCACCACUGGAUUAAUCACUAUUUUGAUGAUCUAUUACACAUUAUGUUCCGAAAAUUACAAAUGGCAUUGGAAAUCCUUGUUUAUUGGUGGAGGAUGUGCAAUUUAUGUAUUUAUACAUUCAUUCUUCUUAAUCGGGGGUGAAAAAUUAGGUGGAUUCACGUCAUUUGUAUUAUACACUGGUUAUUCUAUUGUUAUUUCAUUGUUAGUGUUCCUUUGUUGUGGAUCUGUUGGGUUCCUUUGUAGUUUGGCCUUUGUCAAAACCAUCUAUGCCCAAAUUAAGAUUGAUUAAGCUUAGUAUAUAGAAAAUUAAUCCAGAAAGAUAUGUUAUUAAAUAUACAUAAACUAUACACCCUUAG